AUGUCAUGCGGUGAAAUUGAUAUUCAGUUUCCUUUCGGUUUGAAAGGAGCCAAUAAAGGUCGUCGAUGUAGCUACCCAAGAUUCCAACUUUCAUGCGACAAACAAAACCAGACCAUUCUUAAACUCUCAGAUUCAGGGGAUUUGGUCGUGAAAAGCAUCAAUUACGAGGACCAAACCAUUAAGGUAAACGACCCCGAUGGUUGUCUCCCAAAACGUUUCUUAGAGAACUUGAGCCUUUCCGUGUCCCCACCAUUCAUGUUUGAUGCCAGCGUUUAUGGGUUUUAUGACCUCACUUUCUUUCGUUGUCCUUACAACGUAACAAAGACAUAUCCAGUGCCAUCAAUUUCUUGCAUCAGCGAUAACUCUUCAUCGGUGAUAUUUUCAUUGUGGAGCAGACCUAUUGACACAUCACCGUGGCAUGAGUGUGAGGUGAUGUCAUCAGCGCUUGUUCCCAUUCCAAAUUCAAUCAUGGAAACAUCGCCCUUCUUCUCCCCUGAUCUUAACAAUGAUAUUGAGUUGAAGUGGAACAAGCCCACGUGCGGGGAUUGUGCUGCUCGUGGCCAAGUUUGUGGCUUCAAAGGUGAUACUACGACUCUUCAAGUUGGAUGCUUAUCCAGUCCCAAAAAAUAG